CAACAAACUGCUCGGCUUGUGUCUAAGAUUCGGGUUGUUUUGAGUUAAGUAAUUGAAUUAACAGACUGAUAUAACACAACCAAUAACAAUGUCUGCUGCAAACGCAGCGCCCAUCACCGCUACGGACAGCCUUACCCAAGCGUUGAAGGCUAAUAUCAUCCCCAACCAAGAAUACUUAUUACAGGGUUCAGUAUUGGACUCUGCCGUGGAGGUAUUGCUGCAUCGGCUGCGUGGGCUGUGUGACAAUGUCGACGCCGGCCCUGAGACCUUUGACGACCAAGAAGUCUGCUUCAGUCUUCGAGACCCUAAUCAACAGACAGCCCCACUGAUGUUACGAGUGCGCAAGGCCCUGGACGCGCGGGACAUGCCAUACCAACUCCGUUACAUUGGACAACCAGAUCUGGGUGACAAGAAUCGUCCUACUGUGGUGCGGUCCAGCCUCGACAUUGCCUGCAAUGGCAUGCUUUUGGAGUUCCUCAGUGAGCUUGGCUGCAGGAUCGAGUUUGAAUAUAGUGUUAAAGGGUACAUGUUUCGGAAAGGAAGGAUGAAGAUAACAGUUGCAAAAGUAUUCAAGAUACCACAGAACUCUAUGCCUCCCGAGCCCAUUUCACAGAGCUAUCUAGUUGAGUUGUCGGUGCUGGCCCCUCAAGGCCAGGACGCGAUCGCGGAGGACAUGCGCGCGUUCGCCGACCAGCUGCGGCCGCUGGUGCAACUCGACAAGAUCGACUACAAGCGGCUCGGGCACAUGACAUAGCCCAUGUUCCUGGCUUAGGCCGCGCCGACCGCCGCCGCCGCCGCCGCCGCGCCGCGCCGGGCGACGCCGCCUCAGCCACGCUCCGCUGGGAGGCUGCUCUUGAUGCGAUUGCGUCCGUUUUACUUCGUUCGUAUCGUUUCAUGCCUACAAGUAGUCUUACACUAAUCAUAUUUUAAUUGUGAUUUAAUUCGUUUACUACUGCCCCGCAACAGCUAGCGCUUGGGAAUGUUGUACAGUAAAUAUUUAGUAAACAAUCUUCUGACACUCCGUAAACGCAAUGAGAAACAAACUUUGUACUUUCCUCUUUUUAGUGCUAAGGUCGUGCAUAUGUUUUGGUCGAUUUUAAAACUACACUUUAAUUUUUUUUUUCUAUUGAUUCAAAAUUUUUGACUGCUAUUUUAUCUUGUAUGGUGGGCCGCUAGAGGAUAAGAUACCUUCAGUUCUAAGAAAAUGGAUAUAGGUAUAUACAAAUUAUUAAAAGCUACCCAGUAGACUUGGAACAUGAUUUACAUGAUACUUUUAUUAUAUUCGUCAAAGUAGCAAAAGCUUUAUACACUUACAUCGUAACAUAUAUUCAUAGAAAGUAUGCAAUUUAUUCAAUCAUAAGAAGACAUUACAAUAAAUACAUCUAAAGUAAGGGAUAUUAUUGAAUAAUAGGUAUUGUAUUGAGUACACCUGGUUUGAAUGAAAUCAAAUGCCAUACGUGAUGUAUUAAUAUCUGGAAAUAAGCCUACUAGUAAGUCACUAAUCGCCUGAUAUUACUUAGGUACUUAUUAGUUAUGCCUUUAACAACUAUCUUUAGGUAAUAUACUUGCACUGUGGUGCGGUGAUUUUUAUACUAGAAGUUUAAAUGUACUAAGUCAAGGAAAUAUAUAGACCCUAUAAUUAAUAUCUGAAAUUCAUAAAUAAUAGCCAUUCACAGUCAUUAUUAAUGACUCAUUAAAUUCGUCCCUCCUAUGGGCAUUCCCAAAGUUGUAA